CGCAAGCCUAAAACACAAAUCAAAACAGAAUCCCUAAUUCUCUCUCUCUCCUCCGCGAGAGUUAUUUUUCUUUCGCACACCACAGAACAGAACUUCCCCCGACCUCGGCUGUCCCGUUCGUCGGAAGAAUCCCGCGUAAUCUCCGGUCCCCUUUGCACUGCGCAACCUCCGAAUUCCUCCACCGUCAAUCAGCUCUCUGAGACUACCGGAUACGGUGAGUUCCCCUAUUACCGAGAUCUGCUGCUGCCGACAAAAUGACUUCUGUCCUCUUUCUUUCUCUCUGAGAACCUUCUUUUCAUCGAGAAGUUCACGUCUUUGUCUCUGGGAUUCCGAGGAAAUUGCAGUGGUUGGUUUAGCUGGGGGGUGGGGGGGAUUAGAAAACUGAAUUGUACACUGAUUGAUGAGAAAAGGUAAUACAUCUCAACUUGAACUCUGAAUAGAUUGUAUUGGAGUCUGGAGAGAGCAUGAGUGACUUGGAGAAUUUGAACGUAGCUGAGAGUGUGUGGUUGCUAUCGGAUGUGGCAGUAGUUUGUGUCCGUAGGGUGCUUUAGGCCUCUUGAAGUUAGUUGGAUACGAUACUGAGAGCUCGAUUGCUUUUGAACUCUCAAGCACUUCAGUUGCAAUCUGUUGUGUUAGCUUUUGUAAUGUUGUCUAAAUCCUUGAAGCAUUCACAUGCCUUGGAGUACAAAUUUUCUCAUUCGAAUGACAUCAGUGAAUUUUAUUUUGGGAUGCGAAUUUAGGACAGGAUGAGGAACCUUAUGGCCAGAGGACAAAUCUCGAAAAACAGUUGCCAAACUCAAGUGUGUACAUCCUUUGCUGUAACUGAUGUGUAUCCCAGAUGGUAAAAUGUUAUAGUUCGAGUCCAAUGCCUUGUUUAUGUUGAUGCUUGAGCUGUCUGUGAGGAGUGAGGACAUUGAUAAAUUGCAUGUUGUUUCAUCUUGUGCAUAAUGUAGUCAAUCCGAAACUUUGAGCCGUUACCUUGGGAUGUUUGCGUGGCUGCUUACACCAUUGGUUAAUGUAACAAACUCUAUGUAAUGUGGUUUGUGUAAAUGAGUAUACAAUGUGGGAACAACUAAUAAAACACACCAGUUUAGUGAAGCUUUGUAACCAUCAUGGAUGCAUGGGACUUGUGUGUAUUAUUAGUGUCUGAAAGGAGUUUAAGGAUUUGGUUUGAGAAAUCACUUCUGGUGUGGAGGAGCUCAGGCUGCUCAUCUAGGUUUCAUUGCUUGAGAACACCAUAGCAAUCAGUGGGAGGGGUAAUUGUAUUGUUAUUGAUCUCUUACAAUGGAUACUGUACUUCCUAAUAUCAUUUUGUAUGAGCCUUGAGCCCUUGGCCGAAUGGGGUGUUGGUUAAUCUUAUUAUAUUCUUUAGGUCUCACCAUAUUUGAUUGGAUCUUGCUUCUGUUUUGUCUCCUCCAGCCUUCCCGUAUCAUACUGAGGAUCAUCUGCUUUUGGAGCUUUCAAUUCUUGGAGUAGCGUCCUUCUGCAUGCAGCCUGGGAAGAUCCUGUUAUUUACAUAGAUCAAACAGCUGCUUCUGGUUUUGGGCUCAUGGCUGACCUUGCUCUAACAGUUAUAGAAUCUGAUAUGGCGUUGUCCUAUAACCCGCUAGUCAUUGGACAACAAUUCGCUGAUGUAGAAACUUGUAGAAGGACGUUGAAAGACAUUGCUAUUGCCAUGCACUUCGACCUCAGAAUAGUAAAGUCUGACCGUAGCCGGUUCAUCGCAAAGUGCUCCAAAGAAGGCUGCCCAUGGCGUGUUCAUGUUGCGAAAUGCCCUGGUGUGCCAACCUUCUCCAUCAGGACAUUACAGGGAGAGCACACAUGUGAAGGUGUCCAAGACCAUCACCAUCAGCAAGCCUCGGUAGGCUGGGUGGCUAGAUCAGUUGAAGAACGGAUUCGAGAUAAUCCUCAGUACAAACCGAAAGAAAUCCUCCAAGAAAUCAGGGACAAGCAUGGGGUUGUGGUAUCUUACAUGCAAGCAUGGCGUGGGAAAGAACGCACCAUGGCUGCCCUCCAUGGUACUUUUGAAGAUGGAUUCCGCCUCCUUCCUUCAUACUGUGAACAGAUAAGGAAGACCAACCCAGGUAGCAUUGCUUCUGUUAUUGCAACCGGACAAGAAAACUGCUUCCAAAGGCUGUUCGUCUCUUAUCGAGCCUGUAUCUAUGGAUUCAUCAAUGCUUGCAGGCCUCUCUUGGAACUUGAUAAAGCCAAUCUGAAGGGGAAGUACCUCGGCACUCUUCUCUGUGCUGCUGCUGUCGAUGCUGACGAUGCGUUAUUCCCCUUGGCAAUUGCUGUUGUUGACACUGAAACCGAUGAAAACUGGAUGUGGUUCAUGUCAGAGCUCCGGAAGCUUCUCGGUGUCAACACUGAAAACAUGCCUCGACUCACAAUACUGUCCGAGAGGCAAAAGGGGAUGGUGGAGGCAGUUGAGACACACUUCCCUAGUGCAUUCCAUGGCUUCUGCCUUCGCCAUGUCAGCGAGAACUUCCGAGACACGUUUAAAAACACAAAGCUCGUCAACAUUUUCUGGAGUGCAGUUUAUGCCCUUACAAUAGCUGAGUUUGAAAGCAAGAUCUCUGAGAUGGUGGAGAUUUCUCAGGAAGUUGGACCCUGGUUUCAGCAGUUCCCACCUCAGCUAUGGGCUAUAGCAUACUUUGAAGGGAUGCGAUAUGGUCAUUUUGCACUUGGGGUGACCGAGUUGUUGUACAAUUGGGCUCUCGAGUGUCAUGAAGUCCCGAUUGUGCAAAUGAUGGAGCAUAUUCGCGAGCAGCUGAAUUUGUGGUUUGACUCUCGUCGUGAUUUGGCCAUGAGUUAUAACUCGGUCCUUGUUCCUUCUGCUGAGAAGAAGAUGGCAGAGGCCAUUGCCGAUGCUCGGUGUUAUCAGGUGCUCCGUGCUAAUGAAGUGGAGUUUGAGAUUGUGUCGACCGAGAGGACUAAUAUAGUUGAUAUCAGGACUCGGGUGUGCUCGUGUCGGCGUUGGCAGAUAUAUGGAUUGCCUUGUGCACAUGCUUCAGCUGCUUUGCUUUCCUGUGGGCAAAAUGUGCAUGUAUUUGCAGAGCCAUGCUUUACUGUAGCUAGUUACCGAGAGACCUACUCGCAGGCAAUAAUCCCAGUUCCUGAUAAGAGCAUGUGGAGCGAAGUACCAGGUGAGGGAACUGAAGGCGGGGGUGCGAAAGUCGAGAUCUUGAUACGCCCUCCUAAGACUCGACGACCACCUGGAAGGCCUAAGAAGAAGGCCCUUCGUGUAGAGAACUUUAAGCGGCCGAAAAGAGUUGUUCAGUGUGGUCGGUGUCAUUUGUUAGGACAUUCUCAAAAGAAAUGCGCAAUGCCGAUUUGAAUUCAAGAGUUAUAUAGCUUCUUCUAGACUUUGCUUUUCUUUUUUAGCGUCACAAAGUCCUAACAGAAUCUAUGUUUGUAACUCUAAUGUAUGUUUUCAUUAGCCAUUGUUUGGAAUAGUUUCAGUCUAAUCCUUAUGAUGUAUAGUUCAUUUAUCUACCUUUGUGCUCUCAAGCUUCGUCAUCUCUUAGUUAAAUGCAGCAGCUGCAGGAAUUGCCCUCGUUGCUCUCCUAGCGGUAGAAGGAGCAAAGAAUGGCACGUAAAUAAUCGCCUACUUUCCAUGGUUGUCCUCGAUGACUAAGGUACGUGAGCUGAGUCGUUGAAUUACAGGCUUGAUAUCGAUCUUUUUGCAUGAUCUCAGCUGGUUUAUCUUCUUCUCAUGUGCUUCAGAGAAAACCAGCACCUUCUUGCUAGAUAGUUACAAGAAAGUUGGCUAUGGGACAGAAUGUUGAGAAAUGAAGAAACGGAGAAAAGAUUGCAGCUUUCCAUUUAUGUAUGAAUGGUUUGUAGUUGCACACACAUCUUGUUUGCCUUGCAUAAUUGAUAAUACUCACAACACAACUGUAUACACAAGACUAGCCAUCAAUGCAUCAAAACAGCGAGGUGGGCAAACAAAAAGAAGAAGCAAACUUGGGAUCACUAAUUUUCAGCUUCCAUUAGUCCUUCCAUAGCUAUUAUGUACAUAUAGUGAUCCAUUAUUACUGCAUUGCAUAAAGCAGGAAGGAAACCACCAGGGUGCCAACCAGCUGGUUUGGUCCACCAAAAUAAUGGCCGGACGCGCCAAUGGCCGACGACCACUCCGACGUGCCGUUCCGGUUGCUGGUACGACUCAACGCCCCGCCCACCACCGCUCCCCUAACGACAGGCCGGCUGCUGCUCCGGCCGCCGCUGCUGCGCCCUCCUUUGGCCUCCGACAAAGUCGACAUGAAGCAGAGAACUGCCACGGCGACGACCACGACGAUCAUUAGAGUUGCUGAGGAACUGGACUUGAUCAUCUCAGCUAAGCUGGUUAGUUAUUGAACGAAAGAAUGGAACUAUAUAUGGAACACUUGGUGACAGAGAUGGAAGAAGCUCUUUGGAUUAGAAGAGGAAAGAAGUAGUGUGGAUGGAUGAAUUGGGUGAAGGAAAUGACGAAAGGAUUGAAUAUAUAGUCCCGCGUAAGGACGAAGGUCUGACUCGGUUCUUGUUUGGCGUCUAUCUCCAUCUAUCCAUGGAGCCAAGUUGAUGGAAGCUUGACUUUUCUGGUUUGACGGCUUAAGUCUCUGUCAACUGUCAAGUCUUACACGCGCCGGGGGCAGUGCAGUGGGGUACGCGCUUUUGGUUGUUGUUUGCAUGUUUUCACACAGGCAACAUCAUAGAUAGCAACAGGGAAGAAAACUAGUUAUAAACCAAGUCCAAUUAAGCAUGAAAUUAAUUAAGGAUAUAGAAUGACUUGAGACUAUUUCUAAGGUUGGGAGGAAAGUGGAAAAGAUAGACAUUCACCUUGGAAAUCACAUGGAGUAACUUAUCUUAGGCCGUAGCGCUCUGCUAGGCUGUAUGUUUAUGUACCUUUAAUCCUUCUGAUGCACCCAAAAAAAAAAACCCCCCUAGGAAAUCACAUCCACUCUAGGCUCCACUACUAUCUCCGACAACAACCAAUCCAGCUAGAUCACUGCCUAUCUUCCUAAAUCCUAGACGCUGAUACAAAUAAAAUUCACGGCAAAAA